GAACACCUUUACCACACCACAAUAAUGAUGGCCAAAAGAUGGAGUUCGCAUGCAGUCCAAAUUGGCAACUCACUAGGUUUUGCAACACAGCCCCACUCUCACUCUGUCUUCUCAGCAGUUUCAGUCUAGUCUAGUCUGAGCUCCACCCUCCUGCAGAAGCGAGCAGCACCUCCAUUCAAACCCAUCCAAACUCAAGGCAUGAGCGUCUGCUCUUCCCCGCACAGCUGCUGCUGAUCACCUUACCUGCACAACAAACUCUGGAUAUUCGUCUUGUACUUUACAACCCCUUCAAACCUCCAGAAAGAGGCGAACUAAAUCAUUCUGGCCCUAAACGUACACACAAGUGGUUUUCCAGACUGCAAACAUGGCGAGUGCCUCGUACCACAUCUCUAAUCUUUUGGAGAAAAUGACAUCCAGCGACAAGGAUUUCAGAUUCAUGGCCACCAAUGAUUUGAUGUCCGAACUGCAGAAGGAUUCGAUAAAGCUGGAUGAUGAUAGUGAACGGAAGGUGGUCAAAAUGAUCUUAAAGCUCCUGGAGGACAAGAACGGAGAAGUUCAGAAUCUGGCUGUAAAAUGUUUGGGCCCACUUGUCAGCAAAGUGAAGGAGUACCAGGUCGAAACCAUUGUUGAUACAUUGUGUACAAACAUGUUAUCAGAUAAGGAGCAGCUUCGAGAUAUUUCCAGCAUCGGCCUCAAAACGGUGAUUGGCGAGCUCCCGCCAGCAUCCAGCGGCUCUGCUCUUGCUGCUAGCGUUUGCAAAAAGAUUACAGGCCGCCUCACAAGUGCCAUUGCCAAGCAGGAGGACGUCUCAGUUCAGCUGGAAGCGUUGGACAUCAUGGCAGACAUGCUGUGCAGGUAUAAAGUCGUGAUCCUGUGCAACCAUCAGCCUCAAGUCUUCCACCCCCAUGUUCAGGCGAUAGUGCCUCCUGUAGUUGCUUGUGUGGGUGAUCCCUUUUAUAAGAUCACUUCUGAAGCACUGCUGGUCACCCAGCAGUUGGUCAAAGUCAUUAGGCCCCUCGAUCAAACAGAUGCUUUUGAUGCUUCGCCCUACAUCGCUGACCUUUUUGCUUGCACCAUUAAAAGGCUGAAGGCAGCAGAUAUCGACCAGGAAGUCAAAGAGCGAGCUAUCUCUUGUACGGGGCAAAUUAUCUGCAACCUUGGUGAUAGCCUUGGUGCAGACCUACCAGGCACUCUCCUCAUCUUCCUAGAGCGACUGAAGAACGAGAUAACAAGGCUGACCACUGUCAAAGCUCUCACACUCAUUGCAGGGUCACCGCUAAAGAUCAACCUGAGGCCCAUUUUGGGUGAGGCUGUUCCCAUUCUUGCCUCCUUCCUACGUAAGAACCAGCGAGCAUUGAAACUAAGCACACUGGCUGCACUGGACAUUCUGGUCAAGAACUACAGUGAUAGUGUAACACCGGCCAUGAUUGACGCUGUACUGGCUGAGCUGCCACCUCUUAUCAAUGAAAGCGAUAUGCAUGUCUCGCAGAUGGCUAUCAGCUUCCUCACCACGCUUGCACGAGUCCACCCUGACUCGCUGUCUAAGAUAAGUGGCUCUAUUUUGGCUGAACUCAUAGCUUUGGUUCGUUCGCCGUUGCUGCAAGGUGGCGCUCUUAGCGCCAUGCUGGAAUUCUUCCAGGCUCUUGUAGCUACGGGAACUGCCAGCUUGGGCUACAUGGAUCUGCUACGUAUGCUAACAGGUCCGGUGUAUGCCCAGAGUGCAGCGCUCACCCAUAAGCAAUCCUACUACUCCAUUGCGAAGUGUGUGGCUGCUCUUACACGAGCUUGUCCUAAAGAGGGCCCUGCAGUGGUGGGACAGUUCAUUCAAGACGUGAAGAACUCGCGCUCCACUGACUCCAUCCGAUUGCUGGCUCUGCUGUCCCUUGGUGAGGUCGGCCAUCACGUUGAUUUGAGCGGCCAGCCUGAGCUGAAAACGGUCAUUCUGGAUGCCUUCUCCUCAGCCAGCGAAGAGGUUAAAUCAGCAGCUUCAUACGCGUUAGGCAGCAUCAGCGUGGGGAAUCUCCCGGAGUACCUGCCCUUUGUCCUGCAAGAGAUCUCUGGCCAACCCAAGCGACAGUACCUGCUGUUGCACUCUCUCAAGGAAAUCAUCAGCUCUGCUUCGGUGGCAGGGCUUAAACCGUAUGUUGAAAAUGUGUGGGCGCUGUUGCUCAAACACUGCGAGUGUACAGAAGAGGGCACAAGGAACGUGGUAGCUGAAUGUCUGGGAAAGUUAACACUCAUCGACCCAGAGACUCUUCUGCCCAGGCUAAAAGGCUAUCUCUUAUCAGGAUCAUCUUAUGCCAGGAGCUCUGUAGUCACAGCUGUUAAAUUCACGAUUUCUGAUCACCCACAGACAAUUGACCCCCUUCUUAAAAACUGCAUAGGUGAUUUCUUGAAAACAUUGGAAGAUCCAGACCUCAAUGUACGAAGAGUGGCUUUAGUUACCUUCAACUCUGCAGCUCAUAACAAACCUUCUCUUAUUCGAGACCUUUUGGAUACGGUUCUCCCUCAUUUGUACAAUGAGACCAAAGUGCGCAAGGAUUUAAUCAGAGAGGUUGAGAUGGGUCCGUUCAAACACACAGUGGACGAUGGUCUGGACAUCCGGAAGGCUGCAUUUGAAUGCAUGUACACUCUAUUAGACAGUUGCCUUGAUAGACUUGACAUCUUUGAAUUCUUAAACCAUGUUGAAGACGGACUUAAGGACCAUUACGAUAUCAAGAUGCUGACUUUCCUCAUGCUGGCCAGAUUAUCUAGUCUGUGUCCCAGUGCAGUGUUACAGAGGUUGGACAGACUUGUAGAGCCGCUUAGGGCAACAUGCACCACAAAGGUAAAAGCCAACUCUGUGAAGCAGGAGUUUGAGAAGCAGGACGAGCUCAAACGAUCUGCCAUGCGGGCCGUAGUGGCCUUGCUAACCAUCCCAGAGGCCGAGAAGAGCCCCCUAAUGAGCGAGUUCCAAUCUCAGAUCAGCUCCAACCCUGAGCUGGCCGCCAUCUUUGACAGCAUCCAGAGGGACUCCUCCAGCGCCAAUAUGGAAUCCAUGGACACCAGUUAAACGUCUAAGACAGCGUACCCGUUACCGUCGCUCCCAAGAAAAUCCACAAAGAAAACCAACCCUGGGGGACCCUUGUAUUGUUCCAUGCAUUGCACUGAAUCAAAAAAUAGGAGGAAAACAAUCUAAAGUUAAGAAAAGAAAAAAACGAAUGAAAAGACAGACAUUCGUUCUCUUAAGCUUCAAAGCUUAUUACCACAUUCUUUGUUUUUCUAUAAACAACAGGAAAUCGCUUCAGUUGUUCAUUGUUCUCCAUUCUUCUCCAUUUUUUUAUUUUUUCUUGUUAAUUUUCAUAAUUCCUGAGGUUCUGUAGAUACCUCAACUCACAGGGGUGCAGAGGGACUUACUAGGUUACCUGAAAAUGUGUUAUCAUGGGAGAUUUGUUCUUUACAUUCUAGGCUGCUGACGACUUAAAUCGGGAUCUACAGGGGUAAAGGAUAGCACUCAGUGAGUUUGAAUCCUUUCAGGACCAUGUUUUUUUCUGUCAUGUUUCUUAUCAAACAGGUUUUAUUAGGUUUUUGUACGAUUUGAAUGUCGUCAUCUCCUCUUUUUACUGUUGACAACUUAAGUACAGAGCGAGAUAAGUCUUCGAAAUAUUAUCCCGAAGAGGAGUGGCAUAGUUAGGGUAUUUCAUUGGAUGAGUGACUGCUUAUUUUUCCUUCACUGCAUUUCAUUACAUUCCCACUGUCCGCAGAAUUGCGAGUCAUCAGCAUGUGUCACACAUCCAGAGAAAUGAGCAUUCAGCUGCACACGUUUUGCAUAAUAUUUUUCUUUUUCUAUUUGAUGACAGUUUUGUUUGGCUCCAGCAUAUAGAGGUGAAAUAUGACAUCAAACAUUGUUAUGAGAAAAUAUUGCCCUGUAUGGAACGCACAUAUGUGAAUAAAAUGAGUGGAGAAUA